AUGACGAGCGACGGGUCGACGGGACGGGUGGCGUCGACGACUGUCGCGGCGGUCGCGGUGGGAGUGGGUGUUGGCAUCUGCUUAUACGUAAGCAGGUCGCUGCGAGUGAGCGAGUCGUACCGCGCCCGCGUCCCCGGUGACCCCGCGUCCACCAUCGGAGCGGCGGCGGUGGCGCCGGAGCUCGCCCGCCCCAAACCGCCGUCGUCCGCGCCGUGCGCGGGGGUCAAGCCGAGGGCAAUCGUCGCGGUCGAGCAGCUCGGUCCUCCAAUCGCGAAGGUCCAUUCGUGCUUCUCCAGGCGCAACGGGACCCCAAGGCAGGGCGGGGAUCUCGUGCCGAGCGCGAGGUGCGUACUCACCCUCGCGCCUGGACUGCCCCGAGAUCUCCUCACGGGCGUGGACGAGUACACCCACGUCUGGAUCAUCUACGUCUUCCACGCCAACACCAACGAUGGGGACACGCGGAACGGCGGCGCGGUCAAGGCGAAGGUCCGCGUCCCGAGGCUGGACGGCAAAACGGUGGGCGCGCUCGCGACGCGCACGCCGCACAGGCCGCUGCCCAUCGGCCUGAGCCUCGGCCGCGUGGUCUCGGUGGACGCUCGCGCGGGGACCCUGACGCUCGCCGGCGCCGACCUCGUCGACGGCACGCCCGUGCUCGACAUCAAGCCGUACGUGCCCUUCUGCGACAGGGUGGAGGACGCGACGGCCCCCGCGUGGGUCGGCAAGGAGGCGUCCGACAGGGACGAGCCGCUGAAGAUAUCGCGCGUGAACGCGGCGGAUGGCGCCGCCGACGCGGUUGCCGCCGCGUACGUGCGGAGCGUCGCGGAUCGACGCCGCGCGAGGCUUGCGAGGGAGGCGGACGACGCGUCUGCGUCGUCGGGCGGUAAGGGUCACAAGGCUGGGGGGACGCGGACGCAUCGCGGCAAGGAUGGGGAGGACGCCGCGAAGUCGCGGUUCCUCGGGUUGAGCGAGGAGGAGAAGAAGGCGAUACGAAAGGAGGAGAAGGAUCGCAGGCGCGCGGGUCUGGCUCCGCCGGACGCGCUGUAUCCCAGCGGCGAAGCGUUCGUGGAGAUGGUUCGGGAGGUGCUCGCGCUGGACAUGCGCACCGUGCGAGAGCGGAGGGCGCCGCCGGAGCGGAGGAAGUUUCAGACGUACCGAGUCACGCUGUGCGACGUCGAGGUGGAAUACUCCGUGGACGAUGAGACGAAGGUGUGCACCAUGCUGGGCGGGGCGGCCGUGAAGCCGCUGGAUAGACCGGGCGAAACGAAGCGGGACGCGAGUCGGGGUGGCGCAGUCGCCGACGCGUUUAGGGACAUCGUCGCGGCUGACACAGUCGACUGA